GCCAGUGCUGCAGCUAGCAGAAUAGUUCGCGGUAAUUAACGGUUGUCUGGGUCCAUUUAACUUUUGUUUCUUAUCAGUAUAUUUCACCCAGAUGCAAUAUUUAUUGUUUGUACUAUAGUCAUAUUUUGUUGCCCACUAAUGUUCGUUGGCUGACUGGCUUCGUCCUGAUCCAGGUGAAGAUGAAGCGCUGCGAUGCCCUCUGAUUUUAUAUCCCUCAGCUCCGAUCUCGACCUUAAUUCCCCCAAAUCCCUUUACUCUAAAGAUGCCCUGUAUAUGGACUAGCCUACCUGCUGAUACAAUGGUUCAGACACAUCUGUCCAGACCCUGUGUGUCGUACACUAAUACGGCAGUAUAUUAAAGGCCCUGGCAUGCUAACAUGAGCUAGCCAUAUGGUGCUGCUGUCGAAUGUGAGUCUGUGUAUGACCUCCUCCCUAAGGAGCUCCAGCUGCAGCCGUCCUCUUCCAAGACAGACACACCCACCAUGAGCCAGAAGAGUGGGGGAGAGGCCGGUCCGCCCCCUUCUGCAUCCCUGGCCUCAGAUGCCGCCUCCUCCACUUCCAGCCCUUCUCCAUCCUCCUCUCAAGACAUGGGAGACCCCUGCACCACUGGCCCCAGACCCAGCACAGCCCCCUCUACCUCAGCCAUGGAACAGCCCCAGACCCCCCUCCUCCUCCACCAUCCCAGCAGUGCCCCUAGAGAGGGUUCUGGAGACCCAGUGGUUUCAGAGAUGCAGGGGGUAGAGGGAGCUCUGUCUACCCUUGGAGGUGGAUGCUGCAGUGGGACCAGCUCUGGAACAGGAGGAGAAGACCCAGGAGCAGGGGGGGUGGGAGCCCAGCAGCAGCCCCAGAACACCCCCUCUAAGCGGAGGCCAGUGCUGAGCAUCUCUCCCCCUCCAGAGGACCUAUUUGAUGACAGCAAUAUGUCCUGCCAGGAGGAUCCAGCCCCGGCUGGGCCAGCAGGGCCAGACUCAGAACACAGCAGCAGCAUCUGGGCCGACGACUCAGCCUCCAACUUCAGCCUGAUCAGCUCCAGCUCCUACAACGACAACACAGAGGUCCCCCGCAAAUCCCGUAAACGCACCCCUCGCCAGCGGCCCGGGCCUAAGCCUGCACCCCCAGAGGACAGCAUGGACGUGUUUGAUGCAGACAGCGCCAAGGCCCCACACUUUGUUCUGUCUCAGCUGGGACCAGACAAGGCCAGCCCCAAGCCCAGUUCUCUGGAGGCUGGGUGGCUGCUGAAGGGAUGUCUUCUGUCAGGUCAGUACCCCCAGAAGAGUGAGGGUAAGGAGCUGAAGAUCCUGUUGCAGCCAGAGACCCAGCACCGGGCACGCUACCUGACCGAGGGCAGCCGCGGCUCUGUCAAAGACCGCACCCAACAGGGCUUCCCCACGGUCAAGUUGGAGGGUGUCAGUGAGCCGGUGGUGCUGCAGGUGUUUGUGGCCAGUGACACAGGCAGAGUGAAGCCUCAUGGGUUCUACCAGGCCUGCAGGGUGACAGGCCGAAAUACCAAAGCCUGCAAAGAAGUGGACAUCGAGGGAACCACUGUCAUAGAGGUCCCCCUGGAGCCCAGCAACGCCAUGUCACUGGCGGUUGACUGUGUGGGAAUCCUGAAGCUGCGUAACGCGGACGUGGAGGCUCGUAUUGGGGUUGCCGGGUCCAAGAAGAAGAGCACCCGGGCCAGGCUGGCCUUUAGAGUCAACAUCCCCCAUGCUGAUGGGUCUGUCCUUACCCUGCAGACCACCUCCUCACCCAUCCUCUGCACCCAGCCAGCGGGGGUGCCAGAGAUCCUGAAGAAGAGUCUCCACAGCUGUUCAGUGAGAGGAGGAGAGGAGCUCUUCAUCAUAGGGAAGAACUUCCUCAAAGGAACCAAGGUCAUAUUCCAGGAGAACCCGGCAGAUGAUAACUUGUGGCAGGCCGAGGCAGAGAUUGACAUGGAGCUGUUCCAUCAGAAUCAUGUGAUAGUGAAGGUUCCUCCCUACCACAACCUGUCUGUCUCCUCUCCUGUCUCUGUGGGGGUCUACAUCAUGACCAAUGCCGGGAGGUCACAUGACGUACAGCCCUUCACAUAUACCCCAGACUCAGAACACUCCCUGGACAUGUCUGUGAAGACAGAGGGGUCUUCUCUGGCUAAGGCCUGCACCUUCCAGGACCAGAUCAAAUCUCUGGCCUCUGACCCUGCCCAGUCUGCUGGUGAACUGGUCAAACGACAGGAGGUCACCCCUAUGGAGGUUUCCAGCAAUACCCCAUCCACAGCACUUUUCAAGCCGUCAUCUGACUCCCUCGUCUCGGUCCAGCAAACCCUGGAGCUGAGCUCCAGCACCCCGCCUAGCACUGAGUCCUUCCCCAGCCCCAUGCCUCUCCAGCCUGGGGAGGUUGACUUCCCCCAGUCCCCAGUCUUCCCCUCCCUGGAGCCCCUCUGCACCAUCCAGAAGCAGGACAUCGCCCCCACCACCUCCUUCCCUGUCUCCAGCGACAACACCACCCUCCCCCCUGUCCCCCCAGAGGUACCCCAGCAGUUCCUCCGGGACCCCCAGGAGAGCCUGCCUCAAGAUUCCUCCAACCCCAGCAGUGAGGUGGUGGUAGUGGGCAUGUCCCAGAUGGCACCCCAGACCCAGUCCCAGCUCCCCCUGUUCCCCCAGGACGGGGUGGCACAGCUGGAGAGGGCAGUAAGGGAGCUCCAGGCAGGGGGAAGUGACCUGGUACAACAGGUUAUGGAGGCAGCAGUGGCUCAACAGCAGCUCAACUCAGUGUUGUACAGCCCCACACCCUCCACUGACUCACUGCAGCAACACGUACAGGACACCAUGAACAGCCUGAGACUGGGGGGAGCUGAGGGCUCUCUGGCCACACAACACCUACAGAUACAACAGCAACAGCAGCAGAUCCUUGGCAACAUACAUCAACAGCAGCAGCAGUUACAUCAACAACAAGUCCUUGGCAACAUACAGCUACAACAGCAAUUAUUAUUACAGCCACAGGAUCAACAACUGCAGCAACAGAUACUGGGUAACCUACAACAACAUCAACAGUUUCAACAGCAGCAGCAGGUACUUGGCAACAUACAGCUACAUGAUCAUCAACAACUUCAGCAGCAACAACAAGUACUGGACAACCUACAACAUCAAAACCAAGCACUAGGCAACCUGCAACAGCACCAGCUACAUCAGCAACAGUUACAACAGCAGCUCCAGACUGAGUUCCUCCAGCCCCAGAUCCACUCCUCAUCUCAGCCCCAGCAGCAGCCUGUGUCUCUCCUCCAGCAGACUGGGGAGCUGCUCACCAUCCAGACCUCCAGCUUCGCCCAGGAGCCCCCCUCCCACUCCUCUCCUCCCCAGCAGCUCUUCCAGUCCCCCAGGCCUCUGUCAGAGACCUCCAGCCCCCAGCACCAGGCAGCCCUGCUGCAGAACACUCUGACUGUGCUGACCAGUGGUAGCCUCAGUCAGGAGCAGCAGGCCACAGGGUCCACACUGUUCCUUUCUCCCAACACCCUCUCUAACCAGGGUAGUCAACAGCAGCUAGCGUUCCUGUCCUCCAUGGAGACAUCAGCCUGCGAGCCCCAGACAAUGUCAAUGUUCCAGGCCCAGCAGCAGCAGAGCACCCCCAUGGACCAUCAGCAGUCCCUUCAGCAGACACAACUACAGCAAACCCAGCAGCUUCCCAUGGCUCAGCAGAGCUCCUUGUUCCAGACUAGCAUUCUGCCCCCCAGCCAGCACCCUCAGCCCCAGCCCACUGGCCUCCUCCUCUGCACCGCCUCCCUCAAACCCCAGGCUCUGCCCCCAGCCCUCCUCUUUAGUACCCAGGCCCAGGGCCCCUCCAUGGGCAACAACAGCACCCCUUGCCCCCAGGACACCCCUGCUUCCCUCUUGUUCUCCCAGCCCACCAUGGUGGGGGUCAGGGUUGAGGUAGCCCAGACGGACCCAGUGGAGCCCAUGUUAUUCCAGGACCAGAGCUCCUCUGUAGGGGGGACCCCUGCCUCCAGAAUUACCCCUCCGCAGGGUCUGUUCCAGGGGCAGCAACCUAUGCAGGUGGGCUCCAGCUCAGUUAAUGGCCCUCCCAGCCAGCAGGUGGAUCUGUUCCUGCCACAGGGUUCUCUUUCUGGUCUGCAGGGCAGCAUGGCUACACAGGAACUAGGAAACCAGGCUGCAGCAGGGGAAACAAUCUUUGUAAUGCAGAGUGGGCUGGGGGUUGUGGGACUGCAAAGUACCACAUCCUCCCCUGGUAAGAGACCCCCGGAGCAGCUGUUCCAGACGGGAGUGAGCGGGAAUGUUGGCCAGCCAGGAGGACAACCCAACCUGUUUGUGUUUGGCCUCCAGAACGAUUCCUCCCAGCUGAUGACGUCCUCUGGUUCUACAAUGUCUGCCCAGAGCCAGCCCCAGAACCACAACCCUUUGCAGGCCAGCCACAUCCAGCCUCUCAUGGACCCAAACAUGGCCCAGACCGCCACACCCAUGCAGACUAAUCUUCAGACACCCAUGCAGACUGGUCUACAAAAUGCCAUGAGUAGCUUAGAAAAUGCCUUGCAGGCCAACCUACAGACCCCAAUGCAGACCAACAUACAGACUACCAUAGAAACAACCCCCAUGCAGACCAACCUCCAGACCCCCAUGCAGACCAACCUCCAGACCCCCAUGAGCGCCUCCCAGAACAUGGAGAAGAUAGAGGACCUGCUGGAGAGCCUACAGGAGCAGUGAUCUUUACUGGGACCAUCGAUACACUGAUGGGGGUUCAAGUGACUUCUUCCCACUCUAUGAACCGCAGACUGGGCCAGGUUGUGUCUGCUGCUUACAAUACAACCCCUCCAAGAAACACAGAUAUGGAGAAUGGGGGUAGAGAUGUCUGGCCAUGCUAUGAACCCCCUAAGAACAUGAAGUAAUGAAGACAUUUUAAAGAUUUUAUCAGACAUGCUUGUGUACCACUAGCUCAUAUUUUGAUGAGUGUCUGUACAUACAUUGAUAGACAGACGGCCGGGCAGACGGCGUUAUGAUGGAUUGGUUGAGUGACUACUCCUCUUGCUGGAUCAGAGGACAUAAACUUCUGUAUCCAUCAGUCUCACAUGCAGUGGUUCUUCUAUUUCAUACUGUGUUAUUGAUGGCCUGACAUGGGGGGGGAUACAGAAAGCUGGAGCAAAAGAGAAAGACAGAUGGUGGAUAGAUUGUGAGAUUUAAAAGCGAGAGAGUGAAAGAGAAGGGCAGCCAGAUGAAGGCAUCUUGCUGUGUUCUUGUGAGUGUACAGCACAGCUUCAGUCAGAUCAUACAGCAGUCAGUGUAUCUGUCCAACAUAUCUCAUAUCUCUUCUAUUGGCAAUUCCCAUAGUCUGCAUUUAGUUGUGUAUUAGUACACACAGGCUUUCUCCAUUUUAAAUGCUUAGUUUGCGUAUGUUCUGCAACUUGUGUUUGUGGGGGGAUUUUAGAAUUGGAUUUGGAAGCAUUUCCAGUAUAUUGUGAAUGGAAGGAUGCUUUCUACUGGGGAAAGUGAAGCGUUGUGUGGUGUUAUAAACAUUAAGCACUUUAUAAACUGUCUUGUGUGACCAGCCAAUCCUUAUAUCCAUCUAGAGGCUCUGGCGUUAGAGCACAUGUACUUGUUGACCUCCAUUUAAAUAAUAAUUUGUAAUACUUUUUCUCAUGGUAUACAUUUGAACACAUUGUCCAUGCAUUUAUACAUUUUCACCAUAUUUUUGGAGAUUUUUCUAAAGAUGUUUUUGUCUUCGUGUUGAAUUCAUCUGAAGCCUAUUUAUAUCAAGUGAUCCAGCCAGUGUCUGUCAAUUCAGUCGGAUUUCCCAUAGUGAGUAUACAGUCUUCGUUUUGAUGUCUGUGUGUAACUAGCUCCUGUUCGUAGGCUUGCAUAUCUCUGCCUACACCCCCACAAAACAUUUAUAAUUUAAGCCGAUACAUUGUGUGUACACAUACAUGAGUGGGUGUGUGUCAUUUUUCUAAAAGAUUUACAGCAUAUUGCUAUCUGUAGCCUACAAUUUACUGUGUACUGUAACAAUCUGUGUAAUUUAACAGACUGUGUUUUACCUUGUCUUGUGUGUGGUUGUAGUUUUUAGUUGGUUUCUGGUUCAUGUACUGACAGAUGUUGAACUAGUACUGCCAGUGUUCAGGGCAGAGCUGUGCGAAAUAGACACGCAGUACCUCUCCCAUGCAACGUCACUAGGGACUCACAGCAACACAAAGGCUGUUCCAAUAUCCGCACUAGCAUACAAUUUCCUAUGGACUUCCACAGCCAAAGUAGUCUAUUGGUAUGCUAUGCCUGUAUGGGCAUUGGAACAUGCGCUUAAAAUCUCUUACUUUGGCUGUUUAGACGGGCCACUCAAUUCUGAUCUUUUUCCACUAAUUGGUCUUUUGACAUCAGAUCUUUUUCAGUGCUGAUCUGAUUGGUCAAAAGACCAAUUGGUGAAAAAUGUCAAUUGGUCUGCCUAUCUAAACACAGCCAUGGAGAGAGCCAUUCUCAUGUUAUCUAUGGUGCUAUGUGCAGAUGUGAUGGACACUUCUAAUGCGAUGUUUAUACUAAUAUUUUAUACUCAUAUCAACAGAACUGAUAUUAAUCUUGUGGUUCAGUCUUGUGUUUCUAUAGCGAUGGCUGUGAGCAGGCAGCGUGAGGGGUGUGUAUCUGGACUUACUGAAAACAAAUUGUCUGUUCAAAAUAUCCUAAUGUUAACUCAUUUACUCUGUUUACUCAUUUUUUAAAAACUCAUUUUAAAUCAUGCAGCUUUCAUGGAUAUUAACAGUGUUUUUGUACAAAUAUUUUAAAAUUACAUUUGUAUGGUACUCUCCCAACAGUUUUGCCUCUUCUGUCAUUUCCAUGCAAAUGAAUAUGCAUUUGAACCCAUGUUGCUCUACCCUGCUUUAGAUGAAAGGUGAUACUGCUAUUCCAUAUCCAAUAAGCAGUAGUCUGUUUGACAUAUUGACAUAAACAGAUGGAAUGACAACUUUUCAGUUGUUGCUUAGAUCCCUAUGCUCAUGUAGGCAUUUGACAUUUCAUAUUUUCUCAUUCUGUCCUGAGAAAGUAUCUACUCCAUAUACAGAUGUUUUCACCCAUGAGUCAGACAUGAUGUUCUGAUGUACAGUAUAUAAUUGUUAAAUUGUUGGAUGAACUCCAGUGUACAGUUAGGUGUGUAUACUACCAGAUGUCUUCAUGUAGAACACAGGCCAACAGUAGUAAACUCAUUCUAAGCUAACUAUACAUUUUGAAAUGGACACCAUUCCAGCAUAGAAAUUAGUUAUUUAUUCCCACAGAUAAUGUAUACUAUUGAACACAAUUGGUUUCACCUAUCCAAAAUGUCAGUUUGUCCUAAACACAAUAGAUGAUCACAUCUCUAAAUACUGAUGUUCAAGCCUCCAUUCUAUUUCAAUGGGGGAUUUAAGAGCACAUAAUGUGGCAUAGUAAUGCCAUACAAAUAGAUGAAGCCAACCUCUUGAGUAUCUCCUCUCUGUGAUGAAUGUAGCUUUACCUCAGAGAGAAAUCUGUUAGUACCGGACCCAUUCUACUGUUUUUAGAGAAAGUAUUUGGGGUAUCCUAAUAUUGACCCUUUGGUAUGUUGGACGUGUGGAAAUACAUUAUUUUGUGGUUCUAAUGUCUGGUUUCAUGUUCCAAGACCUACUGUCACACUCCAAUGUAUCUAUUUCUUAACUGUUUGAAUUCAUCACAUUCAUCUGAAAAUACUAGCUAAAAAGUUCACUUUGAAGUGGAAAAAUAGCACACACAUGGUCUCCAUCCACAAAUCAGUUGUCAUUAUCUCAUGUUGAAAUGUGAGAUAGGGGGGAUCAGUUGUGAAGUUCUGUGUGCCUUGAAAAACCAUCAGUGUAGUAUGUUUACCAGAUUCCCUUUGCGUCGUGAGUCAAGACUGCACAUCUCCCUUGUCUAAUGUUCUAUGUCAAGAUGAACUCUGACUUGUCAUUCUUCAGUCUAGUGUCAGUGAUCUGCUUUUAGUUCCAUGACCACCUUAACCAAUGCAGUGUGAUUUAAUGUCAUCCAUCCCUGGUUGCAAUACUACAAAUGUGAUCACCUUCACUCUUGAACUGCUGUGCAGCUUAACACAAACUGUAUACAUGUUUGUUUCUAUCCUAAUUUCAGGACUGUUGAGAUUCAUAGUUGUGAGAUGGAAAAGGAAGGUGAUUGUUCUGAUUAGAUGUUGCAGAAAGCUCUUGUUAGUGUGUGCUUGUCAGUAUUACUGUUGCUGUGAAGAGCUUGACAUGAGAUCAAAAGGAGAAGUGAUAAGCGUUUCAGUUUCAGUAUCUAUUCAGGCAAAGCGUCAAGUUACCCUCUGUUUGUCAUACAUAUGAAAUGUAUUUUUGUGAUGUAUAUUUCUCAUUCUGCUGCUACAUGAUGAGUAAAUAAAGAUGAAGGUCUUUGCUUCAA